AUGGACGCCACCGAGGAGGCCUGCGUGAGAUACACUAAUCUAUACUGGCUAGAUCUUGUGAGCUCCAAAUCGGCGCGUGGCAACGAGGAGAGGAUCUUCGAGCGUGGCCUGGUGGUCCCGCUUAAAGCGGCCGACGCCGACUCGUUCAUGACGCUCGGCAUCAACGGCGCACUGGUGAGCAUGAAGGGCCGUGACAUGACAAUCGUCGACAGGAGCUGCACGUACGUCGGCCAGAUGGUCGUGUCGGGGUCGGACGUCGGCGGCCAGAUGGGCGUCGUCGUCGGCGUCUCCACGACGCUUGAUCUCCUCCAGCUCAACGUCCACGGCGAAGCAACAAAGACCAUCCGUGGCGUGCGGCCGUCUGGCCUCCGGCGCGUUAGGGCUCUCAGCCUCGGCGACUACGUCGUGUCCGGGCAGUGGCUGGGCCGGGUGGUCCAGGUGUUCCUGGACGUCGACGUGGUGUUCGACGACGGUGCCGUCUGCAAGGUCACCGAUGCGGAACCCAAGAAGCUACGAGCGGCCAACACGGUGGCUACUUUCCGCCCGCAGAUGAACUGCGCCUUCUACUCCGGUGAGCAAGUCACCGGUGACCGUGGCGACCCCUCGGCCGUCUUCAGAGAGUCGCAAUGGCUAGAUGGCAGCUGGAAGCCGGAGCACGAAGUGGGCUCGGUCUCCAGGGUGGAGAUGGUCGGCGUCCUUGUCUACUGGGUCGCGUCGGCGCACGGCGGCACCGACGAGCAAGUCCUCGAGAUGUCUGCUCCUUCGGCCUACCAAAAUCCCAACGACCUGACUUUCUUCUGCUCCUCGUCCGAUUGCACCUGGGGGCUGGGCGACCGCUGCUUUCUCAUUACAAAAACCGAUGACGAUACUUCCGAUCAUCACCACCAGGACGAGUCAUUGCAUGCACUACCCACCAUGACCGUCUCCAGCACUCAUACCAUCGUCGACGUGCUGUGGCAGGACGGCACACGGCAGCAUAGGGCACCGUCGAUCUCACUCAACCCCUCCGAGUGCACGAAUGAGCACGAGUUUUUUCCUGGGCAGUACGUGGUUGACAACGCCCCUGUCGAUGUCACAUUUGCUGUAGUUGGAGAUGACGACGUCGUGAGUGCCACAGACGAUGCAUCGACGCGGCGCGUCGGGGUCGUGAGGAGCCUGAAUUCCAAUGAUCACACGGUGCAGGUGUCGUGGAUCAAGGCUAACAAUGAGGCCGGCAACCUAAGCUUGGAGGUCGAGUGCGGUAGCACUACUGCAAGUGCAUAUGAUCUGAGCAGGGAUCCUGAUCACUCCGUUUUCUAUGGGGACAUCGUCGUUCAUCUGCUAUCAAGCGUCGCUGGAAGUAGACCAGCAGUGGUAGUGCAGCAACCACAGGCCCCCGCCGAUCUUUCAUGGGUUGGACAAGUUGUUAACCUCUGUGUCGACGGCCACGUCCAAGUCAAGUGGGGUGAUGGCACCACGUCAAUGGUAUUACCCCAUGAGAUCAGUGUUGUCAACAAGGAUAACUACACUCAACUGCAGGCUGAGAUGGACAACUGGGCGGAGGAGGACGCCAUCGUCGAUGAUCCUCAAGAAUUGGGUGCUGCCAACGUGCACAAUGAUCCAACAGAUACUACAAGUGUCGAAGGCGAUGACGGUUCUGUGGAUGAACUAGAUGGCCAUGCAGCCGUGAUCAUGCAGAAUUUGGCGCAGGCAUCUGCGGGUAGCCACGAAGACCCUAGCGUUGGUGGCGCUGCGACAGAGUACAACAUUGCUGAUCUCGCAGCAAGAAGUGAUGCCAGUGUCGAUGCUAGUAACAGCGACACUGUGGAGGAUGUGGUGAAGGUCACAGAUGCCACUGGUGAUGACGAUCAUCGUCCAUUUAACUUGCCACAUUUCGAUGUAGUGCAGAGCCCUCCGGACGAUCACCAUUACCUUGACACCACGGACCAGGGCAGCACCGGCAAAAAGAGAUGGGUCAAGACGGUGCAAAAAGAGUGGAAAAUAUUGGAGAAUAGCUUACCAGAUGGUAUCUACGUUCGGGCAUUCGAGGGACGCAUGGACCUACUCCGGGUGGUAAUGGUGGGUGCGAGCGGGACACCGUACCAGGACGGGCUCUUCUUCUUCGACAUGCAGCUGCCGCCGUCCUACCCGGCCGUGCCGCCGCAGGUCUACUACCACUCGUUCGGCCUACACCUCAAUCCAAACCUCUAUCCCAGCGGUACGGUGUGCCUCAGCCUGCUCAACACCUUCGACGGAGAGGGCACGGAGGUCUGGUCGCCGGGGACGUCAAGCCUGCUCCAGGUCGUCGUCUCCCUUCAAGCGCUUGUCCUCAACGACCAACCCUACUAUAACGAGGCCAGCCUUGAGGCGCUCAUCGAUACGCCGGAGGGCCACCGCAACGCGUUGCCCUACUGCGAGAACGCAUUCCUGCUCAGCUCGCGGACCAUGCUACACCUGGUGCGCCGACCGCCCCAGGGGUUCGAGGGGUUCGUGAAGGACCACUUCCGCCGGCGGGGGAGGUACGUGCUCAGGAUGUGUGAGGCAUACCUGAAAGGAUGUGUGCCUGUUGAAGAGGGGGGCAUGGAACUACCCUGCUCGGCCGGCUUCAACAUCGCGCUUGCCAACGUGGUGCCAAGGCUCAUGGCUGCCUUCACAAAGGUUGGCGACGAAGGGUCUGACCUCUCCAGCACAACCACCCAAUAG